UCCACCAUGCCCAAGUCAAAAAGAGCCCAAGUCGUAUCGCUCACAAAAGUCACCAAGAAGACACGAGAGCAGAAGGGCGCCCUGAUCCAAGAGAUCCAACAAAAUGCCGAGAAGUGGGAGUAUUGUUGGCUGUUUGAGGUCGGGAAUAUGCGCAAUGCUCACUUGAAGACGGUCCGAAAAUUAUGGAAAGAUUCUGCCCGAAUGUUCUUUGGGAGAGGCGCGGUUAUGGCUAAGGCAUUGGGGACCACACCGGACGAGGAAUGUCGGACAGGCGUGCAUAAACUGGCCAAGCAAAUCAAGGGUCAGGUUGGUAUAUUCUUCACGAAUUCUGAGCCGGAAGAAGUCACUGCGUGGUUUGACGACUUCCACCCGGAUGACUUCGCGCGAGCGGGGAAUCGCGCAACCCGCACCAUUGUCUUACCUGAGGGCCCUGUCCUGCAGUACCAUUCUGUACCGCCUGAACCCUUCCCACAUAAUGAGGAGCCGCAACUGCGAAAGUUGGGACUACGGACCGUGAUGAAGAAAGGCGUGCCUACCUUAGAAGCACCGCAUCAACUGUGUGAAGAGGGGAAGACGCUGACGCCGGAGCAGGCGCAGCUAUUAAAACUCAUUGGGGAGAAGAUGGUGGAGUUUAGGGUCCGGCUCCGCGCACGAUGGGACGCAUCGAGCGGGGAGGUUGUUCAGGUUGAUAGCUCGGAGAUAUCUCCAGAUGAGCGAGCGGGAGAUGUCGUGGAUGAGGCGGCGGCGGAUGACGCGAUGUUCCUUUCUUAACUUUGCUUGUCUUGCAUUCCAGCAAUCAUGUAUAUGUACCAUGGUAGAUGUUGGCAUAUAUGAUCUAUGGGUUACAACACGGACUUGAUAAUACAGC